CACCACAAGGACAUUUGCUCAACUAUGUUCAAAGCAGCAUCAUUCAAUGCAGUGACCUAUGAUGAUGUGCAUAUCGAUUUUACUUGGGACGAGUGGGCUUUGCUGGAUCCUUCCCAGAAGAGUCUCUACAAAAAUGUGAUGCUGGAGACCUACAGGAACCUCACUGCUAUAGGUUACAAAUGGGAAGAACAUAAUAUUAAAGAACUUUCUCAAAGACCUAGAAGAAAUGGAAGGCAUGAAAGAUGUCAUACUGGAGAGAAACCCUAUGAAUGUAGUCAAUGUGGUAAAGCCUUUGCACAGCAGAGUAAUCUCCAAAUACAUAGAAGGACUCAUACUCGAGAGAAACCCUAUGAAUGUAAUUAUUGUGGGAAAGCCUUUGUACGUUAUACUCAUCUCCAAAGUCAUAGAAGAAUUCAUACUGGAGAGAAACCCUAUGUAUGUAAACAAUGUGGUAAAGCCUUUUCACAACAGAGUCAUCUCCAAGUUCAUAUAACAACUCAUACUGGAGUGAAACCCUAUGAAUGCAAUCAAUGUGGGAAAGCCUUUGCAUGUUACAGUUAUCUUCAAAGUCAUAAAAGAAUUCAUACUGGAGAGAAACUCUAUGAAUGUAAUCAGUGUGAGAAAGCUUUUGCGCGUCACAGUAAUCUUCAAAGGCAUAAAAUAAUUCAUACAGGAGUAAAACCUUAUGAAUGUAAUCAGUGUGGGAAAGGCUUUUCUCGACAGAGUUAUCUCCAAAUACAUAAAAGAACCCAUACUGGAGAGAAACCCUAUGAGUGUAAUCAAUGUGGCAAAGCCUUUUCACGACAGAGUUAUCUCCAAAUACAUAAAAGAACCCAUACUGGAGAGAAACCCUAUGGAUGUAAGCAAUGUGGAAAAUUCUUUGCAGAUUACACUUAUAUUAAAGUACAUGAAAAAAUUCACACUGGAGUGAAACUGUAUGAAUGUAAUCAGUGUGGGAAAGCCUUUUCACAACCGAGUUAUCUCCAAGUUCAUAAAAGAGUUCACACUGGAGAGAAACCCUAUGAAUGUAAUUAUUGUGGAAAAACUUUUGCAUGUCACAGAAAUCUUCAAAGGCAUAAAAGAAUUCAUACUGGACAGAACCCCUAUGAAUGUAAUCAAUGUGGGAAAACCUGUUCUCAAGAGAGUCAUCUCCAAGUUCAUAAAAGAACUCAUCAGGGAGAGAAACCCUGUGAGUGUAAGCAAUGUGGUAAAGCCUUUGCAGGCCCCAGUUAUCUUCAAAGGCAUGAAAGAAUUCAUAUUGGAGAGUAACCCUAUGAAUGUAACCAAUGUUAUAAAGUCUUUGCAUUUCACCAUAGUCUUUGAAACCAUGAAAGAGUUCAUCUAAGAGUAAAACCUGUAGUGUAUAAUCAAUCUGUUAAUGCCUUCGUAUAUUAUAGUAGUCUCUGAGGACACAACAGAAUUUACACUGAAGGGGAAUCUAUGAGUAUAAAAGGAUUUAGCCAACAAACUUACAUUUAGCUACACAACAUUGUUUAUUGUAGAGAUAAAAUAUGACAAGUGUCAACAAUCUAUUCAAGCAUUAUGGUGUCUCUUUAUUUUGUUUUCACCUACAAACUCAUAUGGACAAAAGCCCUGUGGAUUUAAUUAGUAAGGCAAAUAUUUUAGGUGUCAUGUUUAUCUGCAAUUGUAUGAAAUAACUUAUCCAGGAGUAAAAUUUAUGGAUGUGUAUUAGACUUUUGCUGUGAUAAAACACAGUAUCUAAGGCAACUUAAAAAAGAGCUUAAUUUGGCUUAUGGUUCCAAAGCAAAACAAGAUCAUCAUGAGAGAGGAAUGGCAACAAAUGUCAGGCAUGACAACUAAAGCAGGAAGUUCAGAGCUCACAUCCUCAACAUGAAGCAUGGAGCAGAGAGUGGAAACUGGAAGUGGUGUGAGGAUUUUAAAUCUCAAAAUCCACCACCAGUGACAUAGUUCCUAUAAAGGGAGGCGUUUUCUAAACUUUUCCAGAUGAUACCAACAACUGAGAAGUAUUGAUUCUCUGCCUUUGAAGCCUACAAGAUUGUUUUCUGUUAUAAGAACCAAUUUAUGAUGAAGAAAAAACUUUGUAGGUAAACCUUUACAUGCCUCAACGUCUGGGUUACAGGCAAGAAUGCACUUACACAAGAAAUAGUCAUGAGUGAAAAUGAUUGUUUUAACUUUUAUUUCAUUAUGUCAUUGUGUCUUUGGAUAUAUGCAUGUGCUUAGUGGUUCCCAAGAGGGUAGACACUGUAGUCUUCCUGGAUUUCUACCUGGAAUUACAGGAAGUUGUCAAAAACCUCACCUGGAUUCUGGGCAUGAAUUUGUCUUAAGUGCUUGGUCCUGUCUCUAGCACUAUAAAUAUUAAAGAUUUUAUAUAUCAUCUUGACAUUAGGAAAUAGGGAAGAAUUCCUACAAACCAGAAGCCCUAGGUAUGUAAACAAUAUGAUGAAGACUUUAAACAUCAGAGCUAUCUUCAGAUUUAAGUGAGAAAAUCUUGUGUCAUAGUCUUGAAGUAAAUUGUUUACUGUGUUCACUAAAAUCUGAUGGUGGAGCUCACAGUAUUGUGAUUUAUAUUUUGAAGCUUUUGGAGUAGGUAUUGAAAUGUUGUGUAUAUGUGGCAAAUUCACUUAUUGAAGUUUAUUUGGUGGUUCAUAUAUUCCUUCUUUGACUUCUGUUAAUCUUCUGUUGUGCUUUGACUUGGUGAUAUAUUUCUGCUGAAAUGUAUAGAAUGAGAUGUUCAUCAUUUAGUGAUCCAUUGUUUAAUUAAAUAUCUGGCAGUGUAUGAUCAUAAUUUUCAAGUAAGGGUGUCUGUGAAAGGGUGGUGGGUUGUUCCUAGUUUUGAUUUUCAUGCUUUUGCAAAUUCCCUUUAGAUGUUGUUUGUUAUCUAUCCUGGCUUGGAUACGAGUAAUUAAUCAGAGCUACAUUUGAACUUAUGGUUCUCAUGUGUCAGCCUCCAGAGUGCAAGUCUAAGUAUAGAAGAUAGAAAGCCCUAAUGUGUCCUGUUUUGGCAGUGCAUUUUAGCAAUGUAAUGUUAAAAUGCUUAAUAGAAGAGAAUAUAAGAAACAUUAAAUACUCUUAAUAGAAGAGAAUAUAAGAAAGCAUCAUUUUCAUCUAUCUGGUAGAGAUAUAAUAAAGUAGAAUUAUCAGCCAUCAACUGUAUCUCUCAUAACAUAGCUUGAUGUGCUAUGGAUUGUAUAGAUUUUUAUGACAUUCCUGUCUGUUUAUGAUCCAUUUUUACCCCUUUGGCACUCCGUAUUGAAGUAUUGUCUUUAAAGGAGUUGUCUAGAGAUGCCAGAUAAUGUAAGGGCAAUAAAGUUUAUUUUAUUUUAUCUUUAUUUUUUUGGUUUUUCAAGACAGGGUUUCUCUGUGGCUUGGGGGCUAUCCUGGAACUAGCUCUUGCAGAACAGGAUGGUCUUGAACUCACAGAGAUCCACCUGCCUCUGUCUCCCCAGUGCUGGGACUAAAGGUGUGCACCACUACCACCCAGAGAAAUUUAUUUUCUAAAACACAUUUCUGUUGUGUCUGUGGGUGUCAUGUGAUUACGGAUUUGAUUGGGUGACAAAUACAUUGAGACCACAAGAAAACUUUGUGUGGUUUCUUUUGGCCCUCUUCAUAUGGUGAUGAAGGUCAGGUUACCAGCUUUGCACAUCAGAGACACCUUUUUCCUAAUGAGGCAUCUCACUAUUGCUCAGAUAAGAUUAGUAGGCACAUUGCAUCAGUAAAAUAUUGUUUUCUAUUCAAAUUGUAAAAUGACAUAUUGUCAUUUAGGAAUUGAGGAACAAAGAACAUAAUUUGAAUAAUGAAUCCUAUUUGCAAAUAAAUAUAUUUAUACUGCCA